CUGGCAUUGCGCUAAUUCUUGACCGUGUGGACACACGUCACGUAUGCUACUCUGAACAGUCACCACAUGCGAGGUCCGUUUAAACCUCGAACAAAGCUACCCCUUCACCAAUUUCCAACCAUAUCAAUGCAGAAGUGCGGUGUAAACAAGCACGCUGCGCGGUAAGCGGGUCAGCAAAACAGAUUAAGUCGCUAAAUGUGGUUCAGGGAACAACUUUUGCUUGGCACGGUUGUGUGGUUUUAUUGUGACCCAAUACAGAGGGGCUCUAUGAGAUAUUCGUGGGCAGGAAAGGAGUCACCUGCACUGCAUGCGGGGUUGCUGUGUUACUUAGGGGGAGGAGAGGGAGGGAGGGAGAGAGGGAGGGAGAGAGAGAGAGAGCUUUUAGCAACAACAGGAUUAUACACAGCAGACGUACAUUUGCCGGAGUUUGAAAACCAUGCUAAACCAUGUUGUAUAAAGAGUUCUCCAGUUAAGGACUCAGUCCGCUUUGGCGAACUUUCAAUUUUGCACUUUUAAAUUACUGAAAUAUAAUCACAAGCGAUUUACAGAAAGUUACUCCGUUGUUUUUCGUUUGUUGAGAUAUACGGCGGAAGAUAUCACAGUCUCCGUUUUCUUUGGAGUCGUUGCGUGUUGCUCGCGUCGCAACGGCAGAUUUCACCUCUUCCAAGGUAGUGCCUAGCAGGUCUGAUGAUGCUGGGUGUGUGUGUGUGUUGCAGGUCUGAUGAUGCUGGGUGUGGGCGUCGGCCUCCUGUGGCUGUGGGCGUGGCCUGUCCCUGGCGCGGGGGCGGGGAACAGCACUCCGGAGGGGUGUGGCCCGGGGCUGGACCCGCUGUACCAGGCGCUGUGUGACCUGGGCGCGGUGUGGGGCGUGGUGGUGGAGGCCUUCGCGGCCGCGGGCGUGGUCAGCGCCUUCCUGCUGCUGCUGGUGCUGCUGGCCAGUCUGCCCUUCGCCGACAGGAAGCGGAAGGGCGUGGUAGGCCUGCAGGCCGGCUUCCUGCUGGGCACGCUGGGCCUGUUCGGCCUGGCCUUUGCCUGCGUGGUGGGCCGCGACUUCGCCACCUGCGCCUCCCGCCGCUUCCUGUGGGGGGUGCUGUUCGCCGGCUGCUUCUCCUGCCUGCUGACGCACGGCGUGGCGCUGAGCUGGCUGGCGCGGCGGGAUUGGCGGCCGGGUGGGGGGGCGCUCUGCCUGGCCGCUCUGGCGCUCUGGCUGGUGGAGGUCAUCAUCAACACGGAGUGGCUGAUCCUCACGGUGACACGCUACCCGCCCAACGCCACCGGGCUGGCCACGCCCUGCGCCGUGGCCAACCCGGACUUCGUGGCGGCGCUGGUGUACGUGAUGGUGCUGCUGCUGGCGGCCGCGGUCGCCCCCCUGCCCGCGCUGGCGGGGAAACACCGGCAGUGGCGCCGCGAGGCGGCCUUCGUCCUCACCACCGCCAUCCUCUCCGCCGGCGUCUGGGCCGCCUGGAUCGCCAUGUACGUCUACGGCAACCAGCGCCACGGCAACCCCGGUUGGGACGACCCCACGCUGGCCAUCGCCCUGGUGACGAACGGCUGGGUGUUCCUGAUGCUCUACACCAUCCCCGGGGUGUGCACCCUGACGCAGGAGGGCCCCGCCCAGCCCGGACACGGGGACGAGUCCUACCCCCCCCGAGGGGUGGGAUAUGAGACCAUCUUAAAGGAGCAGACGUCCCAGAACAUGUUUAUGGAGAACAAGGCAUUCUCUAUGGAUGAGCCCAACACAGCCCAGAAGCCAAUCUCUCCCUACAGUGGGUACACUGGUCAGCUGCGCAGUUCUGUGUACCAGCCCACUGAACUUGCCCUGAUCACCAAAGGAGUGGGAAGUCAGAUAGAUCUCUCCUAUGAGACGGUUCUCCCUCGAGUCUCGCCCCCGUCCCAGAGCAGCAGCCCCUCCCCCCAGCCAGACCAGACCCCUCCCAGCAACGGUAACGGCCUGCAUAGGAAGGUUCAGUGGUGAUGUGGUCCGAUCCAGUCUGCUCCGGUCCAGUCCAGUCUGACCAAGUCUCAUCCAGUCUGAUCCAUACAAACAUACACAUACACGCACAUACACGCACACACACACACACACGCACAUACACGCACACACACACACACACACACACACACACACACACACACACACACACACACACACACACACACACACAUUCAGUCUGUAAGGUUGGAAACGCAGGUGUGCUUUGCUGCUUUUAGCCCUGAAGUCACAGACAUCUUCAGAGCCGCCUUAAUAAAUGCAGCAAAUAAAAUUAUUAUUAUUGUUGUAAAUUUUCCCUUUGAAAUAUUUUUAUACAAACCUCAUUCAGAUGGAAUCAGUGAGUAGAAUAUGUACAACCAAAAUCCUGACUUUUUAUUUUAUUUUUAGUGAUUGUUGAUUCUUAUAUUUAUGUAUGAAGUGGUUAUUUUUACAAAUCUUUGAAAUGUUCAGAUGAAUAUUAAACUGUUUCAAUCACAGUA